GUUUAGAAGUCAGCACAUCAUCAGAUUGUGCAGUGGUGGAGCAAGGUUUAAAACAUGUAGUAGACAAUCUUCCUCAGUUGCUGAACUGCAUCACCGCAAACUUGUUGAAGUUUCCGGUCCCCAAAGUUCAAAUCUUCUGCAGGGUCUAUUUACCAACGACAUCAACAAUUUAUCAGGAAGUCAUUCCGCACUGUACACACAUCUUCUGAAUGUUCGUGGUAGAAUAAUGUUUGAUAACAUAAUCUAUCGACAUGAAGAUACGUACUUAAUUGAGGUUGAUGCAAGUUUGGUAACUAAAUUCUUGAAGUUCUUAUCAAUGUACAACAUCAGAAGCAAAGCCAAGAUAGCUAUCAGAGAUGAACCAGUUUAUGUUUCUUUUAUACCUGGAUCCUCAUUACUGGAUGGUGGUUACAUUGAUCCUAGACUGCCUCUUCUUGGUUGUCGUCACAUUGGUUCCCCACCAGAGGGUGCUUCUACUGUCAGUCUUUCAGAAUACGACCGUCACAGAGUGUCUCUUGGAGUUAGUGAGGGGUCACGUGAUAUUACCAGUGGUAAAGACUUCCCUUUUGAGCACAACCUCGACUUUCUGAACGGAGUUUCUUUUUCCAAGGGCUGCUACAUAGGACAGGAGCUAACAGCGCGUACCCACCAUGUUGGAGAAACAAGAAAGAGAGUUGUUCCUGUAAAGAUGACUGAGAAUGUUGAGGAUAUAGAACUCCCCGCUAGGAUCAGUAAAGGAUCUCGAGCAGCCGGAAAGCUACUCUCAGUUUAUGGAAACAUAGGAUUAGCCGUACUACGUUUUCCCUAUUUAGACCAAGAACUCUCAAUAAAGGGCUCAGAUGUGAAGUUAGUCGGUAGUAAACCGUCCUGGUGGCCUGAAGAAUUAAGGUGAUGUUUAGUAAUACUGACUGUAAUGGUAUUGACUACGUUUCUGGUGAUUUUGUUUUAAGUUAUCAUUAACUAAUACAGCUGUUCACAUUUCGGCUUUCGUAUUUACUAUUCGUUUAGAGUCAUUUGUACUGGAUUGUUGAUUCUGACUUGCUAUGAAGUGCAGACUAAUUGAAAGUGGAGCAAAUUAGGAUGAUUAUAAGAUUAUAUGAUUUUGUAAGAUUCAUAAGAAUAAUAUGUUCUAUUUUUAGCUUUAUUUUUCGAUAUGUUUUGAUGCAUGUUGCUACAUUUACUUUGAUCCAGUCCAGGGAGAAUGGUGUUGGUGUCUAGCAUUGUCUGUUGCCAGCAUAAUCGUAAUGGACAUUUUGGCAAGUUGGUAUACACGUAUUGUGUUUGAGAUUGUAACGCGCGGAGACAUUUUCCGUCUUUUUGAGCUUUCCAUGAUUUAUUUAUUAAUUUGUUUACGCGCGCGCAUGGCGGCCGCUACAUUUAAUAAACUUCAUUCUGACAUGAUAUUCACCUUUAAUUCACAAAUAAUCGGAUUUUCGAUGCAUCAAACAUGGAAUUGUUUGUUUUAAAGAUUUUACAUCGUCUAUAAUACUAAAAACUAAAACAAGGAUAUGAUACCGAUGUUCGUGCGACAACUAGCACCUUUUUUCAAGCUUAUGCUUCUC